UAUUAUUUGCUUCGGAAUGGUAGAAGGUUGUUUUCUCGCAGGUAGGUAGGUGGUGGUUUGAUUAAAGUGGAAAGCGCCCCGCAAAUGGAUUCCUUAGAAGACAGCGGCUGUUGGGAUUUCCUCGAUUACUCCUUCCUUGAUCCUCCUCCCACCGAUUUCCUCUGGUCCAAUCCCAAUCAAAGUGUGAUCGCGGAAGCCGACUUUCCUAGUGUUGCUGUUGCCAGUCAAGAGAACACCAGGAAGAGGGGGCGCACUGAUUCAUGCUGCAAGGCGGGAACAAAAGCCUGCCGUGAGAAACAACGGAGGGAGAAACUCAAUGAAAGGUUUUGUGAAUUGAGCUCUGUUUUGGAACCUGGGAGACCUGUGAAAACAGAUAAGCCAGCUAUACUUGAUGAUGCUAUCAGAGUCUUGAGCCAACUUAAAACUGAAGCUCAGGAACUCAAAGAAACAAAUGAGAAAUUAUUGGAGGAAAUAAAAUGUUUAAAGGCAGAGAAAAACGAACUCCGUGAAGAGAAACUUGUUCUUAAAGCAGAUAAAGAAAGGAUUGAGAAGAAGUUGAAAGCCUUGCCCGUCUCAGCAGGAGGGUUUUUGCCUCCCCCUAUGGCAGCAUAUCAACCAACGGUGAACAAGAUGGCUGUUUAUCCAAACUAUGGCUAUAUUCCAAUGUGGCAAUAUCUUCCUUCAUCUGCCCGAGAUACAUCCCACGAUCAUGAGCUCAGGCCUCCUGCUGCGUAGUUGCUUGUGUUGCUGCCCGUUGGAUAAUCCUCAUAUUCAUCAUUUUGACAACAUUGUGGAAGCAUUGCAUUGACAUGUAAAUUUUGUCAUUGCUUGGAUUUUUUUUAAAGAUAGUAGUAACAUGUCUUGAUAGUCUUACAAGUACAAUCCUUUGUUGGUCUAGGUGAUAACAAAUUUAUUCCUUUUAAAUAAGGUGUCAAGUUUGAGUCCUGUGAAUAGGUGUUGGGAGUGUUUCAUGCGGGAAAAGCGAGUUUGGUUGACUCAACUCCAAUUAAUUGGGAUUCAAUAUGAAAUGUCAAGUGUCAUUGACUGUUAAGCUUUGUAGUAAUCUUUGAUGGCAAUAAUAUGAAAAUUCUAUA